CGUCCGCUAAGCUCCUGACUCCGAGAGAGAAACAGAGGAGGCAUGGAGGGACAGUAGGAGCCGCGCACAACGGCACAGCCCGUCCAUGUAACAAAAGAAACAGCAGCUUCUUUGCGCUCAAGUCCCACGGAUAUUUCUUUUCUGUUUUGCCCGGGAGCGUCGCCGCGACUCGACAGUGAUGUCUGUGUGCACAAUUUUCUUCAGUGAUAAAAUACGGAUUAUUCUGAGGCUGUGAAUUCUUCGGAGACAUUACUGCUGCAAGGACAGAUUGAGAACCAGAAAAGUGCAAGUCGUAUUCCAUACAUUCGUGAUUGGAUGUGAGACUACUUUGACCCGACACAAUUGAAGAUGAUGUUGCUAUGGAAACUGCUGGUGCUGCAGUCACUUAUGGGGUGCCUUGCAGGGAGCGGCAUCCUGCAGAGCCCCGUGUUCACCAAGCAGCCUGGCAGCAUUGUGUAUCCUGUGGAGAUUGUGGAGAAGAACAGGGAGGUGGUGUUCAGCUGUGAAGCCCAUGGAAGCCCACCACCCAUGUACCGCUGGAAACUGAAUGGCACCGAAAUCAGUCCCAAAUCUGGAUCCCACUACAGCCUUUCUGGAGGAAACCUCAGAAUCAGCCAUCUGAACAAAGACCAGGAUGCUGGAACGUAUCAGUGUCUCGCCUCCAACUCUUUCGGGACCAUCGUCAGCAGAGAGGCCAGCCUCACCUUCGCAUACUUGGAAAACUUCAAGACCCACAGAAGAAGCUCUGUUUCAGUGCGCGAAGGCCAAGGAGUGGUUCUGCUGUGCGGCCCUCCAGCACACUCUGGAGAUCUCGUGUUUUCCUGGAUCUUUAAUGAGUACCCGACAUUUGUGAAGCAGGACACUCGGCGGUUCAUCUCCCAGGAGACGGGCAAUCUGUACAUCGCCAAAGUGGAGCCUUCGGAUGUUGGAAACUACACCUGUGUGGUGACUAACACCGUCACAAAGUCCCGAGUGGAGGGUCCGCCCACUCCGCUAGUGCUCCGCAGCGAUGGUGUGAUGGGUGAAUACGAGCCAAAGAUUGAGGUUCAGUUUCCAGAGGUUGUUCAUGUUGCCAAAGGAUCCACCGUAAAGCUGGAGUGCUUCGCUCUGGGAAACCCGGUACCAUCCAUAAACUGGAGAAGAGUGGACGGUGUACCCUUCCCUAGGAAAGUGGACAUGAGGAAAGCCAGCGGCGUCCUGGAGAUCCCGUAUUUCCAGCAGGAAGACGCGGGCACGUACGAGUGCGUGGCAGAGAACUCCAGGGGGAUGAACACAGUGAAAGGGAAGCUCUCUUUCUAUGCACCACCUCAUCUCAUCGAGAAACCCCAAGAUGUCCAGAAGCUCAUCGAUGACGCGAUGGUGUGGGAGUGUAAAGCCACCGGGAAGCCAAAGCCUUCUUACAGGUGGAUGAAAAACGGAGAGAACCUGGAGCCUGUGGAGGAGCGCAUACAGGUGGCCAACGGAGCAUUGACAAUCAGUCGCCUGACCCUGUCCGACACGGGAAUGUACCAAUGUGUGGCCGGGAACAAGCACGGCGAGGUGUACUCCAACGCAGAGCUCCGAAUUAUAGCUGUUGCCCCAGAUUUCUCUCACAACCAACUGAAGAGCCAGACGCUGGUGAAGGUUGGAGGAGAUGUGCUCAUUGAGUGCAAGCCAAAGAUGUCUCCUUGGGGUGUGAUCUCUUGGCGGAAGGGCAACGAACCACUGCGAGAAAGUAACAGGAUCUCCAUCUUGGACAAUGGUAACCUUCGCAUAUGGAAUGCAACCAAAUCUGAUGCAGGCCUCUACACCUGCAUGGCACGAAACCAGUUUGGCGUGGCAAGCAGCACAGGAAGUGUCACCGUAAAAGAGGCGACCUUCAUCACCACCCUGCCGACCACGCUGGACAUCACUGUGGGGGAGAGCGUGGUCCUGCCCUGUCAAGUGAGCCACGACCCGUCCCUGGAGCUCAAGUUCACCUGGUUCUUCAACGAGCAGGUCAUCUACUUCGGGAACCAUGGGGGAUUUUUUGAAAAAGUGGGAGGUCAGCAUUCGGCAGGAGACAUUAUGAUCCGAAACAUCCAGCUAAGGCACGCGGGAAAGUACACGUGCGCUGUGCAAACGAAGGUGGACAGCAUUUCCAUCGCAGUUGACUUGGUAGUCAGAGGUCCCCCGGGGCCCCCUACCAGCAUCCAAGUAGAAGAAAUCACUGAUACCACAGCCUCUCUGUCCUGGAGGCCUGGUCCCGAUAAUCACAGUCCAAUUACGGCAUACACCAUCCAGGCCAGGACACCAUUUUCCCUCGGGUGGCAGGCUGUCACCACAGUUCCUGAGGUGGUGGGAGGCCACCGACUGACAGCUACAGUAAUAGACCUGAGCCCUUGGGUGGAGUAUGAGUUUCGAGUCCUGGCAAGCAACACCAUCGGGACCGGAGAGCCCAGCAAGCCCUCCAAACAAGCAAGGACGAAGGGGACCUCUCCGAAGGUCACACCAGCUAAUGUGAGUGGAGGCGGUGGCAGUCGCUCCGAAUUAGUCAUCACAUGGGAGCCGGUCCCAGAGGAGCUGCAAAAUGGACCGGGUUUUGGCUACGUUGUGGCUUUUCGACCCCACGGUGCCACCGGGUGGAUGCAGGCUGCAGUUACAUCUGCCGAAGCAUCCAAGUACAUCUUCAAAAACGACACCAUCCAGCCCUUCUCGCCUUUCCACGUGAAGGUCGGGGUUUACAACAAUGAGGGGGAAGGGCCCUUUGGACCUGUUACCACGAUCAACUCUGCUGAAGAAGAGCCUGGCCGAGCUCCCACCAGGGUCCGUGCCAAGAGCCUCUCAGCAUCCGAGAUUGAAGUUUCGUGGAAAGCUCUGCCCUGGAACGCCAGCAAGAAAAGAGUCCUAGGCUAUGAGCUGAGGUACUGGACUAGAAGUGAAAGGGAAGACACGACUAGUGUGCUAAGGACUGUAGGAAACCAAACGUCUACCAUUAUCCGCGGGGUAAAAAGCAGCACCACGUAUUACAUCUCUGUGAGGGCGUAUAACACCGCUGGCACAGGGCCUCCCAGCCCCACGGUCAAUGCUACCACCAAAAAACCACCGCCUAGUCAGCCACCAAGUAAAGUGAUGUGGAACACAUCAAACUCCAAGAUUAUAUUGAACUGGGAGCAAGUCAAAGCCCUCGAGAAUGAGUCAGAGGUCACUGGUUACAAAGUGCUGUACAAGAAGAACCGACACAGCCGCCCCAACGUCAUGGAAACCAACACGACCUCUGUGGAGCUGGCCCUGCCCACCGAUGAGGAUUAUAUCAUCCAGAUAAAGCCAUUUGGAGAGGGAGGGGAAGGCAGCAGUAGCAGGCAGAUCACCAUCCCAAGGAUACCAGGCCCCAACGCUGUCGGCUCAGCAUCCAAGGUCUCCACUCUAUCAGCCCUGAGUACAAUAGCACUGUCUUUCACAGCGCGGACAUCUUUAUGACAAACAGCUCCCAGCAGACGUUGCAUCUGAUGUGGAGACAGCUCUAUGGCGGAACGCAAACACAGCCCUCUCUGGUGUAACUAGAUCCAUUCAUUUAGAUUUUAGAGGCAAAAGGAAGAAAUAAAAAAAUACACCCAUUCAGAUGACAGGGAAGGAGUCCCCUUCAGCACCCGGGUAAAGGAGAUUGAGCGAUGUCGUGACUAUGUUGUUACCAAAGCAGCUUUCAUAAGAAAAAAACAAAAAUAAAGAGAAAAAUGUCUUAUAUGCAUCUUUUUGUAUGACAUGUUGAGCUUUUAUAGACUUUUCUUUUUUUUCCUUAAUCAAUUUGAAGUCAGUCUGGGCUUACUGGGGCGAAAACAAUACAGUGCAUGGCAAAUAACACCGUCAAAUGUUCCAGGCUGGAGGCUAAGAAUGUGAUUUGAGAGCGCACCUUCUUCUAAAAUAAGACAAUACUUGUAGAUUUGAAGACGUUCCUUUUCUUCAAGUGAAUGAACUCUUAACUGUUGUCUGUUAGAUCUCUGCGUUUUCUGUUUCUGCAAUAUUUCCAAAGUUGUUUCACUCCAAGGACUACAUCGACAUUCAUGGUCAUCUUUCCAAAGAGCUGUAGUUAAAAAAGAGGUAUAGCAACUAAAAUCCUGCGUCUCUAGACAGCAGAUGCUAAUGCUUUACCAUUGGGAAAGUGUUAGCGUUAGCAAAGUUGAUGAAGUUAGCCCAGCUUAAGUCGUUUUUAAACAAAUAUCACUAAGGAGAUGGAGAACGAAGGUUGCACCAAAUACUUUAGACAUUGAUGUUUGGGUUGUUUCACACAGUUUGGUAUCUAUAGUAAAGAUAGGAUAAAAAUCUUGUGAAAAAAUACAGGAUCCUAACCUGGGAACAUAGUACUGUGGGAGAAUAACACCCUUGGAAAACUUGGGACUCUGGGAGCAUAGGACCCAGGGAAGAUACCAGCCGGGGUAGUAUGACACCCUAGGAACAUAGGACCCUAGGAACAUAGGACCCUGGAAACAUAGUUCCCUUGGAGCAUGGAACCCUGGGACAAUAGGAACCUGGGAACAUGGGACCAUCAAAGCAUAAGAAUGAACCCAAGAUACCCACUUGAUUUUUUGCUAACCGAAGAUUGCCGACACCUCUUAUUAGCUUUAUCUAAACUGUAAUUUACAUUUCAAAUACACUCAAACGGGAUUGCUUCAUGGACAGAUCGAAUGAUCAAAAUGACCGAUAACUAUCAGCGUAAUUAGAGAAACGACAACGACAACAACCCUGGUCUGAAAUCAUACUGGAUGCUACUCUUUUAUCAAGUUUUGGUACCGGUCCUCUGGUUAAAGGUGACCACGAAUGUAAAGUCGAUGGGGUCCUUAAAGCCAUCCAUGUGAUUGAGUUAUUGACCUUGUUACCAGGAAUAGCGCCGUGCUGUUUUUGGAGAGCUUCUCCCCUGGGCUCCUCUACCUUGGCCGUUGUACUGCACUGGUGACCAGACCCUCGUGGCUGUCUCAUGCUCCUCAUUCUUGCGAUUUCGCCCUGUGUCUAGAGCUAUUCUUUGCCUUAUGUGUGCCUCAUCAUAUGUUCAAAAUCCUCAGGUCCUUGAAGAGCCUUAACUUAUCAUAUGUAUAUCAGAAACACUAGAACUUUGAAGCAGCCGCGGUGAUGUUUACAUGCUGCUGGGGUUGAUAGAAAAUGUACGUGAUUGGGAUCGGGAGGGACGGGGGCCAGCAUCCUUUGUGCAAUGCAGAGGAUACCAAGGUUAGUUUGAAUGGCAUUCUGCUGUUUCGCAUGGGAUAUUGGCAAUAUAUGAGGCCUGGUGCAUUUUUAUAGGUGUGUAUCCUUGUUUAAAAAGACAAUGCUGCUGAUCUUUUCCUUUUUCCCAUAGUGUCCUGACGCCAUGUGGGACUGCUGUGCUACAGAGGCGCCGUGCAGUCUGUAUGUAGCUUGUAAUCCAGUUGAGUAGUUUGUACUUUGAAGGGAAGUGUGCUGUAGGCUACUGGGUCUUGCUCAUGCAUCGAGAAACGUGUAAUAUACUGUUUUGUACACUUCAAAUCAUUUAUAUAAAAGAACCUUUCUAAAGAGAUGAUUUACUUGGUUUUUAUGUAAUAACUCUGUUUCAUACUGUAGCUAACUGUCGCGCAGCAUGACUGUACUUUGUCCCCCUCUCUCUUCUGUCCACCUGCAAACCGACUGAAUGGCUUUAGGAACAUGCAAAGGUUCACGCAUCAGAUAGGUUUGUGUAUACUGUACGUGUACCAUGAAAUCUGACCCAUGAUCAGCCCUUAUGUCUCUGCUUCUGUCUCAGUCAGCCCCUCUGAGGUGUACUGGGUCUUCUGUCCAUUUACUGUACGCUCUACAUGAGGGCUUCCUCUGUUGCUGUUUGUUGUUUAU